GUUAUGCGCCAAUCAGCGCUCGGCCCGCGUGAGCCAAUGACGUGCAGACCUGCCUUUCGCGGGGAAUAGAUGCAGUCGCGCCAGAUUGUUCCAGUCAGUGAGACGUGUUACUGUCAUGAGGAAGGUGCGUGCCGGGGAUUGAAGUAGGAAGCGCUACUACCGUACAUUUGAAGCCUUGGACACAGCACCAGAGGGCUCCUUUCCCUAUCUGUUCUUCUAUGUGCACCUCCAGUCCUGACUACAGAGUGGGUAUGUGUUACUACAUCCCCUAAUCUCAAUAAACACCAGGACUACAUGGAAGUGUGAUCAGCUUGCCACAUCCUGAAACAGAUGGAGAUGGACAGCAACAAAACACCACAGCCCGGGAUGGAAUUAAAAGUUUCUGCCACAAUAGCUCACUCCCAGGAGUAUGCAGGGCUUGAUAAGUCUGGUGAAAAUGUAUUGUGUCUGUCCGAGUCUGUGGCUGACGUUUCUCAGUCCGAUGCCGACAUCUCACAGACUGUUGCUGAUGUCUCUCAGUCUGUUGCAGCAGAGCUCACUUUACAAGGGGGAACUGCAGAACUAGCUUUGCCUCAAGUUUCUGAAGUAAAUGAGGACAACCCUCUGGAUCUUCAUAACUUAAAAGUAAACACUGGUCCACUUCCAGGUCUUGUUGAUCUGCAGAGCAAUGUUAAUAACUUACAGCAGGAGCAACAAAGGUCACCACCUCCUUCUAAUGUGAGGGAUUCUGGCGCACUGUCAGAAGCAUUACAGGCGGGAGCACAGGGUCUUUCUCCUUCCAGGAAUAGAAAUAUUGUGCGAUUAUGUUGGACAGGGGAUGCGGAUCAUCCUCUAGACAGGGAACGGGCGCUCAGCCUCUUGUUCAACUCGAUGGGCUUUCAAUCAGAAGACAUAUUCGCCGUUUCUUGUGUGCCUGGCUCCAAGUUUGAUGUCAAUUUUCAAGUGGCAGAAUCUCUACUUAAGUUCUGGUCUCUGUACAAAAGAGAGCGUACCACCGAUAUGUGGAGAUCUGUGCAAGCCAGACCUGUGUCUAGUUCACAAGUUAAAACAGUCACAAUAGCAUUUAAACAUGAAAUGAUACGUCGGAAAGACGUUCUUAGUUGGCUCCAGCAGCACUGCACUGUCCUCAGCCCGGUGAGACGUGUGAGGGAUAUAGAGCAAUUUUGGACUGGGGAAUGGAGAGCGCAAGUGAAGUUGAAUGUGGUGAACAAUGUCCUGCAGCACCUGCCCAUUACGUUUUUUAUAUGGAAUGAGAGAGGAGUCGUUUCUUAUUCUGGGCAGCCCCGUAUCUGUUAUGUAUGUGAAUCUACAGAGCAUUUUGCCAGUGACUGCCCCAUAGAGAAACAGCGCAGGGAAGCGGAUUUAAACCUCUAUCGGAUGGAGGAUGAUGAUGAUGAUGAUUACUAUACACAGUAUAAUGGCUGUGGUGCAGAGACUGCGUCCUGCAGACAGUCUGUUGGCAUCAGGCUUUAGACCUCUAAUUUCCAAAGUUGGCUGUGGGAUCACUACAGGCAGCACAGCAAAACCAAUGGGCAAAAGACCAUCAAUAAUUUGAAAUCUAGAGAGUAGAAGUUGUGGCUCCCUCUUAUUGCAUCUCUUUCUUUAGUUUCUUCUCCAUAAUUAAGCAUGGUCUUCAUUAGCCAGCCUCCGUCAUCAGUCCAUCAAUCGAGUGGGACUUCCCUUUGUUUCAGAAGCUUUGAGCUUUGACAGAUAUUGAUAUUGACAGUGAAUUCCCCUUUCCUCCACGCUCAACAGCAGAAAGCAAGCUCUGCAUGGAGAAGUAUUAGAUUUGUGCUGAGCUUAAAAACAUUUUCAUCUCCAGUAUCCGUUCCUGCCAUUUGUUUAGACGUCAUCAGCCGAUCAGCACAGGUAUCUCUUUACCUAUAGGCUUAUUGCAGUCAUUGUACCCACAUGGCCCUUGUCAGCGUCUUGGGUGUCAUUAAGGGAAUGUAUCAAGAGAGAGAUGUGGGGCUGACACAUAUUCAGGCCAUUAGUGCUUUUGUUAGAUUCCAGACCCCACACAGAUACAGUAAUUGUAGCAGCACAUAUCAGGAGCAGGGAUGUCAUCCAAGUUAGUAGAUACCAGGCACCCUAUGUGUUUAUGCUUCAAAGCCAAUACCAUUCUGAGAAGGGUCAGGUUAUGCCUAUACAUUUUUAUGUUGCAAGACAGAAAGUGCUUUCAGCUAAUGCUGGUUUUGCACCGUUAAUUUUUAUUAUAAGGCAUAUUUUGGAAUAAAAGUUCAAUAUGUGAUGCUGUACUACAACUUUCAACAUCCCCCAAACACCAAGGGGGUUUAUAUUUGAUUUUUUCUACCCUCCUCUAAUUGUGAUGCUUUGAUUUUGACAUGUUCAUUGUGAGUAAUGGCUUACAUUCUGUAUAACAUCUUGUCUAUACAGAGGAAAUAAUCGCAGCACAGGCUCAAGUCUCUUCCCUGCUAAGGAUUUGAUCAGGCACAAACGGUUUAGCUAGAAGGCUGGGAGUCACAAAUACUUCUCUUUUAUUAAGCGAUAUUUAGUCAAAUAUAUAAGGACGGGGUUUUGUUGUAGAUGCUGAUUUAUCUCUGUAUAAUUUUGAGAUUAAUGAACAGACUUUCUUCUGUUAGGAAGUCGCUAGUUCUAGAUGGUGAAGCUUAAUUAAUAAACAGAGUUAAUGUU